UUAUGAAACCAGACAUUUGACUUAAUUAGUGGAAAGUGAAACAAGUCUCGCCAAAAUGUUGUCAGAAUUCAGAAAAAAGAAGUUAUUGUAUGUGUUCAAAAUGUUCUUUGAUGUGGAUGAAAGUGGAACAAUAGAGAAGAAAGACUUCGACGAUUCUUUGAAUAUUGUCGCUAAGUUACAGGGAUGGGAUGUUAAUGACAGUAGAUUUAAAGUAGGCCAAGAGGUAAUGGCGCAGAUCUGGAAUGGACUAUCAGCCGCGGCGGACAAGGAUAAUGAUGGCAAAAUCAAUGCUGAAGAAUGGAUCGCAAUGUGGAGCUCUCAUGAUAAGGCAUCCAUGCCAGAAUGGCAACAACUAUACUGCAGAGUUAUUUUCCACAUUCAAGACUACUCACAAGAUGGUGCAGUAGAUUCCGAUGAGUAUGUGAAGGUACACACAGCUUUUGGUACCGACAAAGAUCAAGCUUCAGAGGCAUUCAAGAAGUUAUCAGAUGGAAAGCCAAGCAUUACCUGGGAUGAUUUCCAAAAACGUUUUGAAGAAUUUUUCAUGUCUGAUGAUGAGAAUGCACCUGGUAACUAUUUGUUUGCUUCAAACAAAUUUGACUAAAUUAAGUAUUAUUUAUUAAGUUAUUAAAUUAUAAAUUUUA